UGUCCACUGCUGUACUGCUGACCAUACAGACGAGAUAUUCUUCACUUAUACCAAGAUCUGACAUUCGUAUUGUGGAAUUUCAACCCAACUUAACCAAAAUUACUGAAAAUUUACAAUAUUGAUCAACGUUUGUUUUCAAAUUUCAACCCGAAGAUUUGAAUUUUGAGUUACGAGCAGCCGGGAUCCAGAGGAGCAACCAUGAAGAAAGGAAAGGUCACAGAUGACAACGAGCCCCCCACCUACCAGGAGGCCACAGCGGGCUAUUCUGAAAUGGAGGCCCAGUUUGCGUGGGAUGACAAAGUUAUUCGUCAGACUUUCAUCAGGAAGGUGUAUGCCAUCCUAAUGACGCAGUUAUUGGUGACAGUCGGGAUUGUCUGCCUCUUCACAUUUUGUGAGCCAGUGCGGUACUACAUCCAGACACAUCCAGGCCUGUACUCUGCAUCUUAUCUCAUGUUCUUUGCCACAUACAUUGCUCUGUCCUGCUGUGGAGAUCUGAGGCGGCAGUUUCCAUGGAACGUCAUACUAUUAGUUCUUUUUACUUUGAGCAUGGCAUUCAUGAUGGGGUUUAUGUCAAGCUUUUACAACACAAAGUCGGUGCUGUUGUGUUUGGGGAUCACGGCCAUGGUCUGCUUCUGUGUGACCGUCUUCAGCUUCCAGUCCAGAAUUGACGUCACCUCUUGCCAAGGCGUGCUGUUUUCUCUCUGUAUGGUGAUGCUGCUCUGCGCCAUCACCAUCUCCAUCGUGGUCCCAUUCGGAUACGUCCCGUGGUUACAUGCGACUUACGCUGUGUUAGGAGCCAUAUUGUUCACUCUGUUCUUGGCAUUUGACACUCAGAUGUUAUUGGGAAACAAGCACUAUGCCAUCAGCCCAGAGGAGUACAUCUUUGCCACCCUCAGCAUCUACCUGGACAUCAUCUACCUCUUCAGCUUCAUGCUCGCCAUCUUUGGAGGAGGACGGGACUGAGAGUGCAGACUUUCUUACAGGACACUGAA